UGCAGGUGUGGCUGGUUGGGCUGCUGGCCGCCUGCAAAGGGCAGAGAGAACAGACACCCACCCAGCUGCGAUGGCCUCUCCAGUUACAGCAGGGGACAUAAAAGAUGACACUAUUUGCUCCAUCUGCCUGGGGUAUCUGACAGAGCCGGUGACUAUCGCGUGUGUGCACAACUUCUGCCGAGCCUGCAUCAGCCAGUACUGUGCGGAAAAGGGAGUGGGGACACCCCUGACCUGUCCCCAGUGCAGAGCCCAGUUCCAGAAAGGGGAGUUCAAACCUAACACCCAGCUGAGCAUCAUUGUACAAAAGCUCAAACAACUAGGGUCAAAACCAGGACAAGGGCAAAAGGAGGAUCUGUGUGAGAGACACGAGGAACGUCUCAAACUCUUCUGUGAGGAGGAUGGAGAAACCAUUUGCUGGGUGUGUGAGAAAUCCCGGGCUCACCGCGCUCACACUGUGGUUCCCGUGGAGGAGGCUGCCCAGGAGUACAAGGAGAAACUCCAGGGAGCCCUGGGCCCUCUGAGGAAGGAGCUGGAGGAAGCCCUGGUGCUGACGUCUAAAGAGAAGAAGAAAACCACAGAGUGGCAGGGGAAAGUGAAGAACAAGAGAGAGAUGAUUGCAGGUGAAUUUAACAAACUGCACACACUGCUGAGAGAGGAGGAGCAGCUGCUUCUGCAGAGCCUGGAGGAGGAGGAGAGGAAGACUCUGCAGAGACUACAGGAAAAUGUAACCAAACUCUCCCAGCAAAGCUCCUCUCUGCAGCAGCUGAUCACAGAGAUCGAGGAGAAGUGUCAGCAACCAGUUGUUGAGCUGCUAAAGGAUGUGAAAAGCACAUUGAGCAGGAGUGAGAAUGUGAAACUCCAGGAACCAGUAGCUGUUUCUACUGACCUGAAGAACGUGUAUAAAAUUUCCCUUGACAUGAGGGAAGCGCUGCAGAGAUUUGUAGUGGACGUGACUCUGGAUCCAGACACGGCUCAUCCCAGCCUCGUCCUGUCUGAGGAUCGGAAAAGUGUGAGACACGGAGACAAACGCCAGGAUCUGCCUGACAACCCUGAGAGAUUUGAUCCUUGUGUCUCUGUCCUGGGCGCUGAGGGGUUCGUGGGUGGGAGGCGUUACUGGGAGGUGGAGGUGGGAGACAAGACAGGCUGGACUCUGGGGGUUUGUAGGGAAUCUGUGAGCAGGAAGGGGCAGGUCACACUCACACCUGAGGAUGGACACUGGGCCGUGUGGCUGAGGGAUGGGAAUACAAGGCCCUCACCUCCCCCCCGUCCCCCGUCCCCCCUCCCCGUGAGCGUCAGGCCCAGCCGGGUGGGGAUUUUCCUGGACUAUGAGGAGGGCGAGGUCUCGUUUUACAAUGUGACUGACAGGUCCCAUCUCUUCACUUUCACUGGCACCUUCUCCGGGAAGCUCCGCCCUUAUUUCCAUCCCUAUCUCAACGCUGGGGGUACAAACGCGGCUCCCCUGAUAAUCUGCCCAGUCCCAGCUCAGGCCGGAGGGAAUCUCGGUCCCUGACAGUGACCCUGCGGCACAGACUGGCCCCUCCCAGCCCUGCUGCUCUUCCUGCCCCCAGUAGUGGGGGGCCAGUUACUGCAGCAACUAGACUUUCUGUGCUGACCAGACGCUGCCAGUUUCCCUUUUCAACUGGAGGUUCCAGUCGAAAACCGGACACCUGGGAACCCCCAGCCCCCACCUUUCUCGUCCCCUGUCCCAGGGGUAGCAGAUGGGGAUGGAUGGGGUCAUUCACUCCUGUCAGAAUUUUCUACAAUGAGAUCUCAAUGUAAAAUCUGAAAGAAAAAAGAUUAUUUAGAAAAUAUUAUUGU